UACAAAUUCUCUCUACUAGAUUCCAAGAAUUUGUCGUAAUGUUAUGGGACUUUCCUAGAAAGUUCAGCAUUGUUUAUCAGCAUAAGAAUCCUUCGUGCGCAGCCAGUAUUUCAUAUUAUUGUUAGAAUUGAGGUACAAGCAGUCUUGUAAUCAGCAGAAGCAUGGCAGAGGACUUCAAUACGGAAUCCAGUUUAGUUUUCGUCGAUGCUGAAGGACAACAAGAUGAUUCGAGCAUCGAAGUUGUUAACUCGAGCCACGAAAAAGAAGAAGAAAACAAUGACGCAAGAGGAGAUAGGGAAGAUAUUAUUAAGGCUAAGGAGCUUCCGACCAAGACCGUCGGAGGAUUGUUUUACAAUAACCAGGAAAACUUGGAUACACACAGAAAUGUCGUCAUGUCUAAACCAGCCUUGGAUGAAAAAAUUCAAGAAUCAAUUGCCACACUGAGUGAAAUCAUCCAGAAUCCAGGAUUUGAAGCCCUCCAUCCUGUUGGUAUUGAAGUUAGAGACCUUUUAUGUGGUGCCAUCAAGUAUGCGAACGAGAACUCUACAUCACUCAAAGCUGCCCGAGAGAUGCUGCAGAAAGCCUUAGCAAUGUAUGAAGAGGCCUGCAAAAGUGCUGCAGAUAAAUUUGAGCUUUCUGAUGAAAGUACCAAUGCUUUGGCUGAGUACAAGAGGAUGGAAAGAGAACGAAUGGAAAAGCUCAUAAAAAGCAUGAGGCUGGCAGAAUCAGAAGCACAGAGAGAAGAAGGAGUCAAGAUAAUUGAAAAGAGUAUUGAAGCAGCAAAGAUAGACACAGGAAGAGUAAUUGCUCGGCAGAGGAAAGAGGAACAGCAUCAAGUGUUGGCCAAGUUCAAAGAAGAAAAGCAAGACAUUGAGAAUGAAGGGGACAGUAACCUGAGUGAAUUGCACUUGAUGAGUGACAACUGUGAAUCAGAUAUUACAAUUAUUGAUGACCGUUAUCAAAAGGAGAUUGAAGCAGCCUGGGAACAACAGGAUGAUGACGAUGAUGCAGGCAGCCUUAACUCCCUGGAAAGCUACUAGACGUACCUUCCAACAACAGAAAUCUAAUGAUCUGAAAGUCUUAAGCUUAACUAAAGCACUCACUUCGGCCAUUUGUAGAACUGGUUUGAUUAUAUAUGUUUAUAUAUGUAAUCUAUAACUGACCGCUGACCAUUGUCAGAGGGCUCAUUCAUCGUUUUAAGUAAUUUGCUUGUUCUUCUAAGUAUACAUAACUAUUAAGACUAGAUAAGAAUAGCCUAAGAAUUAGCUAUCUAAGUUUGAGGCAAAGCUUGGGUCGAGUUUACAUUGCAGUGUAAAACAAAUUCGAAGUAAGAAAAUCGUAUAUGUAAUCGUUAUAGAGCAGGUGCGUGUUACGUUGUUGCCGCCAUCUCGGUUGACGAUAACAAAGCAUUCUUCAUUAGCUUAUCUUGUUAGAUCAACCAAGAUUGCAGCUGUUUCAUAGUUAUUCAUAUCUCGCAAAGAAUUUUGAGUCGCAUGGUUGCACACACUAUAUAGAAAGAAAAAGAGGGUAAGAUUCUAUUGUUUUAGUUUGCAAUUUUUGCAAUCGUAUGGCAUAGAUCCAUAGAUCGGAUGGGGUACUGGGAAAGACGGGGGGGGGGGGUGUGUGGUUGGUUGGAGAGAUUAUGACAAUAUCAUAUCAUAAAAAGCGUCAAUAAAAUUAUCUUCAGUCUUAA